AUGGGAGAGAUACGUAAAGAUUCUCCUCAGCCACUACACACCCGCACGCUGCAGUAUUUCAAGAUCAUCGAAGAUCUAACCACAACCCUGCACGAAGACAUGCAGCGACAAUACCAGUACUACGAUGUUAUGUACGGAGACCUAGAACACGAGUACCUAGUGCAAGCAAUGUUGUCAUGCGACCAAGAAAUGAACGAUCUCGUUAUUGAGUACGAGGAUAAAGUACCAUAUCACGCGUGUGAAGAAAGAGAGAUUAGGUUAUGGGCUGGUACUGGCGAAAGGAUCAAGCAAGCUGCGCUUUGGAAGGAAUUCAAGAAAACGGUAUGCCAGCCGACAAGUCCUCGUGCACAAUACAAGCGUGUGGUGACACAAUUUCACGGAGAGAUUGCUCGGUGGGGGGAAUAUUCGACCGGAGUUUUGACACCUUCAGUCGUUCGGUUUAGUGUGGUGCCGUCGCCGCGUUCCUUGGCCGAGGAGCUUGAUGCUACGGAUCUUGAUGAACGGGACAGGGAGCUGGCUGAGAGCUGGCGAGGAAGCAUAGGUAUUGCGGAUGAGGAUGAGGUGGCUGUUGAUGGUAUUGCUGGUUCAGCGGAGGGUAGUGGUGAAAGCAGCACCGGGACAACCGAGAGCGAUGAUGGUAAGGGUGAAGAACGUACAGUGCUGCUUCCUAAUGAUCCAAGCGCUGAUACACUAUUUAUCGGGGCGACGCGUGAAUGUAUGACCGGUGACGGUGGCUACUCUGGUGUGGUUUUUGAUUGA